AUGGAGGUUGCUUACGGGCAGUCAAAUUGUUCAACCUGUCAAUACAAAACAUCCAUCACAACGACUGAAAUCACCUUCUACACAGACAACAGUUUGCCAUGCAGUGUUCAGAAUGCCAGCUUACAGAAAACAAACAACAGUUUUACUGUCGGUGGUCUGAUACCUGGAUACACUUACUCACUCAAGAUCAACUGCACAGACACCUGCUGUGGCAACUUCUCAACCUCUCCAGCAACAGUGGACAACAUUACUGUGAUCGAUCAGACAAACAGCAGUCUGUCUGUGACGUGGUUGGCUCCCCAGGGCCACGUGGACUCAUAUGAGGUGUACAUCUUCAGUGCUUUGCUCAACAAAACUAAUGUCACUUCCUCCAACCAAACACAGUUUCAGCAUCUCCUGUCUGGUAGCACCUAUAUCCUCACCAUAACUUCCAUUAGGGCAGGACUGAAGAACACCUCUCAGCCGUUCCAGCUUGCUACUAAGCCAAACCCUCCCAGUACGAUAAGUGUGAGUGGCCAGACGAACGCAUCCUUCUCCACCUCCUGGGGCGUACCAAUGUUGAUGGAUGGAGUCAAUGUGUCUUACGAAGUUUCAGUUAAAUCCAGCCAAUCCAGCUUCAACUCUACUAUUUUGACAAACAGCAACAGCACCCAGCUUUCGGGUCUGUCACCCGGCAACCAGUACAGCAUUUAUGUAUCUAGUGUUGGAGGGCUGGGUCUGAAAAGUUCCAGUGUCAGCAUCACUGCAUACACACUUCCAAAUGCUGUGCAAAAUCUUCAGGCCUCUACUAUGAAUACCACGUCAGUGUAUCUGACUUGGUCCCAACCACCUGGAAACUCCAGUCUUCUGUCUUACAAAAUCCAGAUCAAUGGAACCUCCUUUACUAUCUCAAAUUUCAGUUUACUGAUCACGCAGCUGCAGCCUGGAACCUCAUACAACUGCAGCAUCACUGCAGUUAUCACUGCAGCAAAUGUCUCUGGUCCAACACAGAACACAUCAUGCAUCACCAAACCUAGACCAGUAGCCAAUUUGAAUGCCUCGUCCAUAGACACGACAACAGUGCAUCUCUCGUGGACUCAUCAUGAUAAUGCAUUGUCAUAUCUGUAUGAAUUAAGUGUAAAUGGGACAGCUAAAUGGAACCAAACUACUGAGACAGCUGAUGUUGGUGGUCUUACCCCUGGUACCAACUACAACUUCACCGUAGUCACAAUAAUAAACAACAUCCGUUCAGAUGCUUCACCUAUUUCUGCAUAUACAGGCCUUGAUAAAGCAUCAAACAUUUCUGUUGUUGGAACAAGUGUGAGUUUGAGGGUGACAUGGACAGCCCCUGCUGGAACAGUCUCUCUCUACACGGUCACACUCCUGCUCAAUGGAACAGUCCUUCAAAUACAGAAUCAGACUGAUGCAUCGCCUGUACUGUUCUCAAACCUGAUACCUGGAACCCUGUACGCUGUUACUGUGGGCGUCAGCAGCGGGCCUGUACAAGUGAACAGUGGAAGUGUGCAGAACGCUACAUUGCCAUCUCCGCCCGGUGUAAUUAAUCUGACCCAGAAGACCACAAAUUCUUUGAACAUUAGUUGGGUUCAACCAUUCAACAUGAGCUCUGUAUACUACAGCUUUAAAGUUAUGUACCAGUGUAAUGGCUCUAACAUCUCCACCAGUUAUCAGAAUGUGAGCGGCAGUACCAACUCCAGCAUGAUCACUGACCUCAUUCCAGGGUCAUCAUGUCUCAUCGCAGUACAGACGUUGGGAGCACUUGGUUACCUCAGCUCUGCUCAGGAGAUACUCGCAUACACAUGUCCCAGUGCAGUGAAUAAUUUGAAAGUGGUGUGGUUCACUGAGCACACUGUAUCUUUAACCUGGCAACAGUCUGACAAAAUGACCAGCAACUACUCUUACCUGAUCACUGUCAGCAGCCCUAAUGGAACAUACACAGUUCAGCUAAUUGUGAGUAACACUACUGCACAGCUGCAGCAACUGCCGUCAGCCAGCCAGUACAACAUCAGCGUCAUCACCCAGACAGCCGAUAACACCCAGUCUGCGCCUGUGUUCAUUACAGCUUUCACAAAGCCAAUGCAGGUUGUUUCUGUGGUGUCAAAGCUGCUGAAUAUCACUGAGGUAUGGCUCAGCUGGAUGCGUCCUCAGGAGUACAAUAACGGGAUCUCGUAUCGUGUUCAGAUAUCCAACUGCACAGAACCCAGUAGAAGCCUGCAAGUUCAGUCUGAGAACGUCACAAUAACAAAACUGGAGCCUGGGACUCUGUGUUUGUUUAGUGUUUACAGCAUUUCUUAUGGAAUUGAGGGAGAUCCAGUCAACAUCUCUUUUUACACCAUGCCAUCAGCAUUGGUUCCAGUGAUGUCUAAUAACGGCUCUAAUGCUUCUGUUGUGGUGACAUGGAGUACACCUGUUGGUCAUGUUGCUCAGUACAUGCUUAACAUCAGUAGUGGCAACUGGAACCUUUCUGUAGUGCUGAACAACACUGCAAACACCUACACCUUCACUCAGCUUGCUGCUGCAACUGUCUAUGCACUCACGUUUGUUACCAUUAGUGGACCAUACGAAGAAGCAUCUCAACCAAUUUACAUGGCAACCUAUCCAAACAAACCUGGGGAUAUUCAAGUGUUGUCUAAGACAACAGACACUCUGUCGCUGGGAUGGACUGCAGCUGUAGGGAUGAGACCAGGCAGCUUCAACUACAGUCUGACCUACCAGCCUGACCCCAGCAAUACCACCUACAUCACUCCUAAUACUUCACUUCUACUGAUCGGGCUGCUCUCUGGGACAUCCUAUAACAUAACUCUCACUACCGUAGGCCCAUGGAACUUCCGGAGUGAAGCAGUGAUCAGAUACCCCAUAACCACCAAGCCUGAGGCAGUAAAGAAUCUGAGUAUAACCUCCACAUCAACAAAUAGCUUGUCUUUGGAAUGGACAGGGCCGCUUGGAGGAAGUGUGUAUGAGGUGUUUGUGAACGGUGUGUCUGUGAGGAACACAAGCUUGCAGCAGAUGACACUGGACAGUCUGGUUCCUGGUACUCUUUACAACAUAAGUGUACAGAGUGCUACUACAGAUCUUACCAAGGGAGAUAUUCAGCUACUGCAAGCAUGCACAGAUGUAGCUGCAGUUGACAGUAUAAGUUGCUGGGGCCCUAAUUUGACCUCAGCCAUGCUGAACCUCACAUGGAGUUAUCCGUCUGGCUCAUCCUACAAGACCUUUCAGAUCCAGCUUUCUACCACCACCAACACCCUUACGACCGUGAACACCACUGGCCUGUAUUACAGUUUUACUGCACUGCAGUACAACACUAACUACACUGUAACACUCUCGGCACAGAGCUGUGGGAAAAACAGCUUAGCCACGCAGAUAAGCUGCAGGACAGGCAUUACAAAUCCUCCUGUGCCCACUGCUGAUAAAGAUGUUACAGUGGCUGCAAAGGAAUAUAACAAAUUCAGUCUGACGGUGCAGAGUGAGCUGCUGAACAGCGUGAAUGGCCCUGUGCUUUACUACGGCUUUCUCAUCACUUCUGACGCCAGUGCGUCAGUAGACAACAGAUCUGUGUCUGACCAGUACCUGACACAGACAUACAAGGACUGGCAAGCAGGACAAGUGACGGUUUAUCUCGCUCUGGUUUGUGAGAACAUGGCCAGGAGCGCUCAAGGGCAACUUACGGUGGUCAUUGGUGAAGGCACUCAGUGGCAUGGGUACCAGAAUGGAGCACUUAGUGCUAAGAGCAGCUACAGUUUUGCAGUUGUGUUAUUUACUCGUCUGGAAGUACAACAUGGAUUGGUGGUGGGUUCUCAGUCCUACUACUCUGUAUCCAGCUUUCAACAGAACUUCAUCAUCCUGCCAGAAAACCCAGUGUUGAUUUCAGGAGCUGCUGGUGGAGCUGCAUGCGCUGUAGUUCUGCUGAUUGUAAUCUUGAUUGCUGUUCUUUUAAGGCGAAAGCAAAGCAAGGAGGAUUCUCCAGGUGUUCCAAUCCACUCUGUACGAACCAAAGUCAGCCAACCAAUCCGAGUAGAAGACUACGAGGCCCACUACCGAAGACAGAGAGCAGAUUCAUUCUGUGGUUUUGCUGCAGAGUUUGAGGAUUUGAAACCUGUUGGAGUUAAUCAGAUGAAGAAUGUUGCUUUGGCCCCUGAAAAUAGAACCAAGAAUCGCUAUAACAAUGUUCUACCAUAUGAUAACUCACGAGUAAAGCUUUCUGUAUUGGGCAGUUCUUUUGAUGAUUACAUCAACGCCAGCUACAUGCCAGGUCACACAUCCAGAAAAGAGUUUAUUGCAGCACAGGGCCCUUUACCCUGUACAGUCAAUGACUUCUGGAGGAUGACAUGGGAGAAGAACAUCCACACUGUCGUCAUGCUGACCAGAUGCAAUGAGCAAGGAAGGGUGAAAUGUGAAAAAUACUGGCCUUCAGAGACAAAGCACUUCAACAGUCUGACAGUGACUGUCACUUCAGAGAUCAUCCUGGAGGACUGGACCAUUCGAGACAUUCACGUGAAAAAUGUGAAAACAGCAGAGACCCGGUCAAUUCGACAGUUCCAUUUUACAGCCUGGCCUGAUCAUGGUGUUCCUGAAACCACAGAGCUUCUCAUCAACUUCAGGCACCUCGUCCGCGAGCACAUGGACCAGUAUUCACGCCAUUCACCUACGCUCGUGCACUGCAGUGCAGGCGUGGGUCGCACAGGAACCUUCAUCGCCAUUGAUCGUUUGAUAUUCCAGAUUGAACGAGAGGGAGUAGUAGACGUAUAUGGGAUCAUCCAUGAUCUGCGCAUGCACAGACCACUAAUGGUGCAGACAGAGGAUCAAUAUGUGUUCCUUAACCAAUGUGCUGUGGACAUCAUUCGAUCCCGGACUGGCACAAACGUGGACUUAAUCUACCAGAACACGGCAGCUCUCUCUGUUUACGAGAACUUCGAACCCAUGAAGAAACCCAAAAAUGGAUAUCACAAAGCAUAGUUUUCUCUCAGGGCACGGCUGGAAGUAUCCUUAUGUUUCCAUGUCAACACAGUGUAAAAUGUUAUUUAAUAGAUGAUAUAUAUUUAUUUAUUUAAAUGUAUUCAGCAUGACAAUUUAAGUAGUACACAAUUGUUAAUAGCUCCUAAAAACAAUUUAUUCCAAGCCAUUAUGGACCGUUUCUGUUGGUCCAAUCAUCACCACAAUAAAACAGAAUAUAGAGAACAAGUGUUUUAAAGGUUUAUACCUUAUAAAGUAUAACAUAAUUAAAUAGUCUGUAUUCUAUUACCAGAUUGUUGCAUAUUGUAUGCUAAUUUGUGUUAAGAAAACACUAUUUUUCUAUUUUGGGUUUACAAAAGUGUAUACAUCUUAACACUGUUAACUGUUAACCACUUUUGAGUUAAAAGUGGUAAUCUUUCUGAACUUUUAUAUUUGCUUUGAGUUAAAUAAAUCUUCUUUCACACUGA